AUGGUCAAUACAUUGCAUGGCGACGUGCUGCCUCCGGGCACGCAGCGCAUCAAUGAUGCACAGGCGACGCACAUUCUGCUUGCGCCUCAGCCGAGUUCCGAUCCGAAUCAACCCCUGAACUGGAGUCCGAGACGCAAAAUCAUUCACAUGACGCUUCUGUCUCUCUACGCCAUGAUGGUGUUCGCCAUUCUUUGCAUCAGCGUCCCAAUGUGGCAAGACUUUAACGAACAGCUCGGCAUGAGUUACGACGCCCUCAACAAUGGAUAUGCAACCAACAUGGCAGGCCUGUCCGUCGGCUGCAUCAUCUUCAUCCCCCUCGCUCUUCGCAUUGGUCGUCGACCUGUUUACAUCGUUACGGCUCUUGUCAUGUUUGCUGCUGCCGUUUGGCAGGCUGAGAUGCAGACUGUGGGGGAUAUGAUUGGAGCUAACCUCGUUGCUGGAGUUGCUGGAGCCGUCAAUGAGGCACUAUUCCAGGUUACAGUGUCAGAUCUCUUCUUUGUUCAUCAGCGAGGUACCAUGAACGGUAUCUAUCUCAUCAUGGUCAUGAUUGGAAACUACCUCGGACCUGUCGUUGGUGGCCACAUCGCCGUCUCCAUGGGAUGGCGCUGGGGCUUCUGGCUCUGCGCCAUCUUCAUGGGAGUCCUCUCCAUCAUCAUGUUCUUCUUCCUCGAAGAGUCCAAGUACACUCCUCCUCCGUUGACCGGCCACGACAUCACACCAAACACACCCGACGACCAACUCAACAAAACAUACUGGGAGCGACACGCACUCUGGUCCGUGGACAAGGAAGCCGCUGCGGGUAAAUCAUUCUGGCAGCAGUUUUACGAGCCUUUCCACAUCCUCGCCGUCUUCCCUGCAGUCAUGUUUGCCGCCCUUCAAUACGGAUGGAGCAUCGCCAUGCUCGCUAUUCUCGCAGUCACGCAGAGCGCUCUGUACGCGGCUCCUCCAUUCAGCCUCUCGCCUGCUGGUAUUGGAAACAUGAAUCUGCCUCCCUUCAUCGGCGCCAUCCUGGGAUCACUGUUCGGCGGACCACUGGUAGAUUACAUGAUUGUGCAGAUUGCAAAGCGCCGUGGAGGUAUCUACGAACCAGAGACUCGUCUUUGGCUGUUCCUGGUGCCGGGCAUGUCAAUGGUCAUUGGUUGUCUGAUGUACGGCUUGACGAUUGCAAAGGGAAUGCCCUGGAUCAUCAACGCAGUCGGUGCCGCAUUCAUCGGCUUCUCCAUCGGAGGCUGUGGUGACAUCGCCCUCACCUACGUCCAAGACUCGUACCAACUUAUUCUCGGUCCCGCUCUGACGGCUGUUGUCUUCGUCCGCAACAUCAUCGCAACAGGCCUCGUCUUUGCCGUCUCACCUUGGAUGGCUGGCAUGGGUGUAUAUGACAUGUUUGUGCUCCUGGGCUGUAUCGCGGCUGCAAUCGCUCUGACAUGCGUCCCCUUGAUGAUCUGGGGCCGCAAGUUCAGAGCUCAGUUGGCGCCCAAGUAUGACUACUUUAUCGACCAACAGUUCUAA